AGAUCGUGCACUGGUUAAUGCUAGAGCUUAUCUCAAUAUCAGAAAAGCUUCUCUGCCUUAUCGAGGCAACAUCACUUUUGUUUUAACUUGCUACAAAUGAUUCAAGCAUCAAAGAACCAAACAUGCCGUGUUUGACUUUCGAGCGAAGAUUGCUAUUUUUAAAGUACGAACCGCAUCUCUCCCGACAUGUUAACAAAAUUAGGGAUUUAACAAACAGAUCCACCUUUCUUCCUCCUCUUCAAUUCCCAUGGCCUUCCAUAAUGGUUCUCUGAUCCCUGCCCAUGAUCCAUCCACGAGGGAGAAUCAACCAUCGAUACUACGGUCUGGAGAAUUGCCGGCGACUGUUAAAACCGUGCCUACGAACCACGAAAUCACGAUCGAACAAUCUAACCAUCCUCAGUUUUCGAAAACCAUAGACGAUUUAACCGCGUUUUCAGCUGCGGUGAGCACCUUCAAACGCCACUACGACGACUUGCAAAGCCACAUGGAUUACAUCAACAACGCCAUUGACUCCAAUCUCAAGAGCAAAGGCAUCGCCGCAGCCACCACUGUUGCCUCACAAUCGCCGCCGGCGGAGGAGGUGGAGAGAUUGUGCGAGUUGAUGUGCAGCAAAGGCCUGCGUAGAUACAUGUACUCGAACAUCUCUGACCGAAGAGCUAAGCUAAUAGAAGAGCUUCCCGCAGCUCUGAAGCUAGCCAAGGAGCCAGCUAAGUUCGUGUUGGAAUGCAUCGGCAAGUUUUACUUGCAAGGACGCAAAGCAUACGCGAGCGAUUCCCAUAUGAUCCCCGCCAGACAAGUUUCGCUUCUCAUUCUCGAGUGUUAUCUUCUAAUGAUUGAUCCUAAGAAGCCCAUCAUUGAUAGUUCUUCUAUCAAGGAUGAGGCCGAGGCGGCUGCUGUUGCGUGGAAGAGAAGGAUGAUGAAUGAAGGAAGGUUAGCUGCCGCUGAGGCAAUGGACGCAAAGGGUUUGCUUCUGCUAAUUUCUUGUUUUGGGAUUCCUUCGAGCUUUACGAGUAUGGAUUUGUUUGAUUUGGUACGGAAGAGUGGUGCUGCUGAGAUUGCUGCUGCUCUGAAACGGUCACCUUUCCUUGUCCCUAUGAUGUCAGGUAUAGUUGAUUCAAGUAUCAAGCGUGGAAAGCAUAUUGAAGCACUUGAGAUGGUUUAUACCUUUGGGAUUGAGGAUAGGUUUUCAGCUUCUUCCAUUCUAACUUCAUUCCUAAGGAUGAGCAAGGAGUCAUUUGAGAAGGCAAAACAGAAAGCUCAAGCACCGAUAGCGUUUAAAGAGGCGAACCAAAAGUUUUUAGCUGCGUUAUUAUCAGUGAUGAAGUGUUUGGAGGCUCACAACUUAGACACAGAGAAAGAAGUACAAGGGUGGCAGAUCAAAGAGCAAAUUGUUAACCUGGAGAAAGACAUUCUUCAGCUCGACAAACAGAUGGAAGAGGAAGCAAGAUCCAUCAGGUUAAUAGAGGAAGCGGCAUUGUAUAACCAACAGAUGAAACGUCCAAGGUUGUCAAACAUGGAAAUGCCACCAGCAGCAGCUUCCUCAUCUUAUUCUCCUAUCUACCGUGACCAAAGCUUCCCUAGACACAGAGACGGACAUACAGAUGAAAUAUCAGCUCUUGUGAGUAGUUACCUCGGCCCAUCAUCAGGUUUUCCUCAUCGGUCAAGUCUCAGGAGAUCCCCUGAGCAUAUAGCUCCACCUGGUGGGUUAGGAAGAAGUGUAUCUACAUAUCAACACAUGCCUCCAAAUUCUUACUCCCCGGUUCCAAGAGGUCAAACUCUAGUUCACGGACAGAGACUUCCUCCAGAGUACACUCCUCCAGUUCAUGGGCAACAACAAAUACCAUAUGGUCUACAAAGGGUUUACAGGCAUUCACCAUCUGCAGAAAGAUACUUGGCUUUGCCCAAUCACAGGUCUCCUCGUAACACAUAAGAAGACCACAUAGGAGGAAUGUAAAUAAGCUACAAAAAGGUUUUUUUUUUUUUCCAAUAACAGUCUUUAAAAUUAUUUAAAGAUACUUUAAUAAGCAAAGUUUAUACUGUAUAAUUGACAUUUCAUUCAGAUGCUAAAGUUAUGAUUGAUUCUCAGA